AUGCUGCGGUCAUGGCUUUCAGAUAGAACACUGCUGACAGGGGAAGAGAUGUCCUCCAUUCCCCUGACAUGUGGUGUCCCACAGGGGUUGGUCCUUGGUCCCGCCCUAUGGAACGUGUCUUACGGCUCGCUAUUGGAGAUGCAAGUCCCACCAGGUGUCCAUCGGGUGGACUUCGCAGACGGCUUAGACAUAGUGGGCAUAGCCAGGAUCGGACAACUGCUUGAGGAGGCACUCAACUCCACCCUGGAAGCUAUCGACGCAUGGAUGACGCAGAAGGGCCUACAGCUCACCCAUCACAAGAGCUAG